GAUAUGUUAGAAAUGAAUUGGAUAACAGCUUGAUAGAAUUUAAGAAUCUUUUCACCGUAGUUGAAUAUAUUUAUAUUUUUGUUUGCAAAUUUUAAUUUAAACACUUGGGUUACUAUAUUAACCACUUUUGUUAUGUCUCUCGAUUUUAACGCAAUGCUGACGAGAAUCAAAAAGUCCUGAAAUUGAUGUGUUUAAAUGAAAAAACAAAGAAUUUAAAAGUUAAUCAGAAGGAAGAGAGAGAGAGAGAGAGAAAAACAAGAAGAAGAAGAAGAGAAAAGAAGAAGAAAACAUGGUUAUGAUUACCACAGCUAUUAAACUUGUAAUUGCGGAAGCUAUUUUUUUGUUUUUAUGUCUGGCAUGUUUCGCGACCUCCUUAGCUAGUAAUGUUUGGUGGUUAUCAAACACAGCGGACAAGAAAACAACGUUGGGGUUAUGGAAAACUUGUGUUGAAAUGCAUGACACCACAAACUGCAGUAAUAGGAAAAACAUCUUAUCUUUUAAAGACGAAAGAGGAGGUGAUCCCAUCAUUCUGUGUUUGCUAUUGUCCAUAUUCUUCACUCUUCUUACCGUCGAUAUUUCGUUUGGUAUGGUCUGUUGUUGCAAAAAAAGCCUGCAUUUAUGGCAAAGGUGUGUAAAAUGGAAUGCUGUACUUGGUAUAAUAGCAGUUAUUUCUUCCGUGGACGCCAUGCUGUAUUCAGAGCUUGAAUUUAAAAAACUUUUGCAAGAAGGAGAACGCGGUUGGUCGUAUAUGGUUGCUUUGGCGGGAACUGGUCUGCAAAUGAUAGGUUAUGUUCUCUUGUUCUGCCAACUAUGCAUCAAAACAUAUAUGCCUAUUGAUCGAAUGCAUGCAUGGUAGCAUUUCUCAACGUGUUGACAUCGUAACGAUCCAGAUAAAAAAACAAAAUUCCGGUUUUUAUUCACGCUUGGUAGUAAAUAAACGCCUACUGUCUUUUGACCCACGAGCUUGAGAAGUCGUCGAAUGGAAAUCAAAAACGAAAAGUGAUCUGACAAUUGUAUUUUGGACAGUUUUUACAUGACUUUUUUUUAGUAUAAGAUUUUUCAAAACAAAUAAUUGUGCUAUAUUAAAUAUAUAUUUUUCUAUUCUGUAUCUUAACUUACAUGUUUAUGCGUACCGUUAAAAUCAUGUAGUACUCUUCUAUAAAAAUAUAUAUAUAAACACA